CCAUGACGAAGCCAUCCCUGCAUACUUGUUCCUCCAACAUCUCCUUCGUCCUCCUCUCGGCAGCCAUGAUAUCUCUCGUCUUCUUCGUCAUCUACCCCAAUGAGUUCCGGCUCCAGUCCAUGGUCACUUCCCGGCCCUCCUCGCUAACAAACUUCAUGGAGACCGUGUCCCUGAAGCCUGACUUCCGUCUCCUCAUCGGCAUCCUCACCCUACCGGACAGCUACGAGCGGCGGCACCUCGUCCGCCACGCUUAUGCCCUCCAGUCCAACGUCUCCGAUGCCCGAAUCGAUGUUCGUUUUGUCUUCUGCAACCUCACCAAGGAGGAGCAGCGAGUGCUGGUGGCCAUGGAGAUCAUGCUCUAUGAUGAUAUCAUCAUCCUCAACUGCACCGAGAACAUGGACAACGGCAAGACCUACACCUACUUCUCCAGCCUCCCGAAGAUCCUCGAGGGCAUCAACGGCAUUGAGCGGCCGUACGACUACGUCAUGAAGACGGACGACGACACCUACUUCCGGCUUCAGAACUUGGCGGAAUCGUUAAGGAGGCUGCCGAGGGAGGACAUGUACUACGGCUUUUUAACUCCCUGCCAUGACCGGCGAGCUCCGAACAGCUACAUGUCGGGAAUGGGAUAUGUCUUGUCGUGGGAUUUGGUGGAGUGGAUUGCGACGUCGGAGAUGCCGAGGGAUCAUCAGGUUGGGCCGGAGGACUUGGUGACGGGGUCGUGGCUGAGAGCCGGAGGUCGGGGGAAGAACAGGUUCGACAUCAAGUUGGCGAUGUACGACUACAUGGAGGAGCCACGACUGUGCUCUCGGCAUGAGUUCGUGCCGGACACCAUCGCCGUGCACAAGCUCAAGAACAACUUGAGGUGGGCGACGACCCUCAAGUACUUCAACGCCACUGAGGGGCUGAAGCCUUCUAAGCUGUAUCAUUUAUAGACCUUCCAAGGUUUUUCCCCUCUCUGUGUUGUCUUACGCAUGACCGAAGCAAUGGUAGGAACAAGCGGGUGUACAGAGACUGGUCUGCUCCAUCCAUCCCAUAUGGACGGAUGAUCUAUAUCUGUUGAGGUGAACCUGUGUCAUCAUCAACAAUGUAUUUGUGGGUUUCUUUUCCCAUGGAAUUAAGAGGCUUAGUUAAUUCGUAGGGGCUUUUACAA